UUAAACUCUGAUGAAGAACACGAUGCACCAUUUAUCAAUCAUCCAUUUGUAGUUCGAGAAGCUGCUCCAAUUAUUAUGAACAUAAGGUUACCAGUGAUGACAGCUACAGAUAAGAAUGUUGGAAUAUUACGUUCACAGUUCCCUGUUUCUAGUGGCAAUCAACAUAGAUUAAAAGAAUUAGAAUGGAUACCAGUAGAAAAAACAACAGCUCCACCGACUGCUACAACAACAACUACAACUAUCAAACCAGCAGCACCAAGUCCGGCAAUUGAUAUUGGUGCCAUUGUGUCAGAAAGAUUACAGGCUGUACGUAAAUUACAAGAAAAUCCUUAUGAUGUUCAGGCCUUAACAAAGAUGCACAAAUCACAAGAAAGGGCAAGUCAAUGGGCAACAUCUCAGUAUCAACCUGGUACCUUUACAGGUAGUACUGGUGUACAGAUAUUGAGUAAACAGGAAUUAGAAGGCACCAAUAAAUAUAAUAAAGCUUGGCUGAAAAAAGAUCAGUUUAAGAAAGCGGAACCAGUGAAAAGUGGAAUUGGUAUGUUCCUUCUACAGAAAAUGGGAUGGAAAGCAGGAGAAGGGCUGGGUAAAAAUAAUGAAGGUUCCUUAGAACCUCUCUUACUUGAUCUUAAAGUUGAUCGAAAAGGUUUACAGACACAUAGUGAAGUUCGAGGAAAUCAGAGAGGUAAUAUGAAGGUGUAUAUUUUUGAAAUUUCAGGAAAACAUCCUGUAUCAGCUUUACUAGAAAUCUGCAACAAGAGAAAAUUUGGUGCUCCAUAUUUUGAAUUAGUCCAUGAAAGUGGUCCAGAUCAUAAAAAACAUUUCUUAUUUAAGGUGAGUAGAUAUUUUCGAAGGUGA